AUGCUUUCCACAAGGAAAGAGAAGUACUUCCGCGCAGUUCGGCGGCUGUUCACCACGCUCGACCAGAACUCGGACGGAGGCAUCACGAAGCAAGAGUUCGAGCAAGCCUGGGACAACCCAGUCUUACAAACAGUCUUUGACGCCCUGGAGAUCAGUGCGUCGGAUGCCUGGCAGCUCUUCACGGAGCUCGACUCGGACGGCAGCGGCGAAGUCGACGUCGACGAGUUCUUGGAAGGCUGCAUGAGCAUCAAGGGGCCCGCGCGGUCCAUCGAUGUGGUGCGGAUCAAGAAGGAUCUGCUCCGGCUGAGACAGCGCCUGGAGUACCUUUGA